AUGGACCACUCAUCUGUGCUGAGGCAACAAAGUCAGAACACUAUUUUGAGAACACGUCAUGAACAAAACAUCAAGACUCCAGCAAGUGUGUCCAAACCUGCGCCAUUUGCUUUGAACUCUAAAGAGAACAAUGUUGGUGCUGAUGAAGCCUGUUCAGAAAACAUGAACCUCCUAAGUUUGAAAGAUACAGCCAGCAUUCCUAAAGGUGAUAAAGUGGAGGACUUUCAGCAUGAUCAUGCAGCUUUGCUUAGAAUUCUCCGCAAUGAGGGAGAGUCCUUGGCUAUGAUCCCACACGGCAAACCAAACCAUUUGCCCCAGCGUGUAUCAAUAAUGAAGAGUCGUCAAAAACCGGACACCAUUCCACAUCCAGGGUCUGUAGGGUCUGUAAAAUCGGUGCAAUUUUCCAGAGACAUUGCUGCUAUGCAGAGCAUCACUAGGGAUCAGGGAAUCAAGGCUGGGGUUCCUUCAGACAGAGCCCCCUCCAUCUACACACCCAUGAGAGUACCAGUUAAAAAAAAUGCCUUUGACACAGGACUCACUGUGCAAUUUUCCCGAGACUGUGCUGCUAUGCAGAGCAUCACUAAGGAUGAGGGAGUCAAGGCUGGAGUUCCUUUAGACAGACCCCCCUCUAUCUAUACACCCAUGAGAGUACCAGUUAAAAAGAGUGGCACUGACACGGGCCCAAGACUCACUGGUUCAUCUACGAAAACAGUACAGUUUUCCCCAGAUGUUGCAGCUCUUCAGAGUAUCUUACAGAAUGAAGGAGUGAAGACCAUGGCUCCUGAUGGAGCUUCUCAAAGAAACUCUGUAUGUCCGACAGGCAGAGGCACAUCAAUAUAUAUGGCUCAGAGAGUGCCUAUUAGGAAAAAUCUUGCUGAUCCAAGUACAGGACUCAUGGGCCCCACACUGACUCCUGGACAGAAAUGGGCCGCACAGAGAGUCACCAGGCCCAAACCCAUGUCCGUGAUGAGGUGGCAAACCUUAUCACAGCAGUCACCAUAUGGCUCCACUCUUGGAUUCAGGAACUAUAAGGAAAACAUUUGCACUAACAAGGAGGAGGUUGUCCAGAAAUUAUUUGUUGAAGACGAACAGACUCCUGAUGAAGAAGCGGUGACUGAGUUGUUUCAAGACCACACAACUCACAAACAAGAAACGCAGAGUCCUGUUAGAGAUGAGGAAGCAGAAGAUGAUUUGAUGAAGGAGGACGAUCGGGCGGUGGGACCGUUUGUUCAAGCUCUACAACGAGAAUCUGUCAUUUUCUUUUCUACGGGGAAAAAACUGUUUAGAGAUCACCAUUUUAAGAAAACAGAAAAAAAAGAAAAAGAGCCUUGGCUUGAGGAGGUGCCUGUGCUUCAUCAAAAAUGCCUGACCAGCGCUCUUGGCCAAAGUGUUACCAAAGAUCAGACUCAAAAAACAAAUGUGAUGAAUCCAGCUCGGCCAACGCAGCAAAAGCCGUUACCUCCUUUAGAAGAGCUGAGGCUGGAUGAAGAGGUCGCCACUUACACCUCCACGUUUGUCCCAUCCAUGCCCAGGUUUCACGCCCCACAGCCGCGCUGUGGAAACCCUCUGGCCACACUGCUGCACUUUGAAGAAGCCACUAAAUUUGUACCCAUCAGUCUGGACAUGUCGCCCGUCUCUCCUCUUGAACGAUGA